AUGUCUUUCUUGGGAGGCGCAGAGUGCUCUACCGCGGGGAAUCCCCUCACUCAAUUUACAAAACAUGUACAGAAUGACAAUACCCUUCAAAGAGACCGACUGGUGGGGAGAGGCCCUGGCGGUCUCGAGGAGAGUAUGAGAUCACGUAUGGCAAGUCCGGGUUCAGACCAGAUGAUGAACGACUUCAUGCAACCCGGUCAACUACCACAGCCAUUCGCCAUGGACCAAAUGAGACAAGAUCUGCCCAACCUCCAGGGUGUCACUCGACGAUCGCCGUCUCCCGGAUGGGCAGCGGAAUUCGAUCCUGGUGAACAGGCAAGAAUGGAGGCUGCCUUUGCCAACGCCCAGAUGAAAAAUCAACAACACCACCAGGUUCCCCCUUCCUUUUCUCCUCAAGAUUUUGCCCACUUCCAACAAGCCUCUGCCGCACAGCGAAAUGGAAGCCCCAUGGUGCAGACCCCUACUAUGAUGAAUGGCUACCAGAGACCAAUGGGUAUGGGAUACAUGGGUGGUGGCAUGGGCAUGAACGUGGGCAUGAAUAUGGGAAUGAACUACGGAUCGUUCAACAGUAUGCAACAACAACCUGUCACGCAGCAGCAAUCCACCGACAAAGGAAAAGGCCGUAUGGUCGAAUUAGAUGACGCCAAUUGGGAGGCACAAUUCAAACAAUUGGAACUGCAACAAGACACUCUCUCGGAAGAAGCAAACAAGGCCAUGGAGAAAGAACUCGAGGACAUUGACCGACAAAUGGCCGAGGAGGUGAGCGAGUACGACAACACCUUCUCAAACGAAGACUUCGCCGCCUGGGACAAUUUCGACUCCAACAUGAGUCUAAACACGCACAAUCCCUUCGAACGAGAACCAAUGCUCGGGGAUUACAUGUUCGAAUCUCAAAACCCCUACUUGGAGAACAGCUCAGCCUCGAGAUCUGCCUUUGAACAAGGGAAAGAAAUCCUCGAGUCACAUGGCAAUCUCUCCUUGGCUGCCUUAGCGUUUGAGGCCGCAGUCCAACAAGAUCCUAACCACGUCGAAGCCUGGGUCCUACUUGGCUCCGCCCAGGCACAAAACGAGAAAGAGUCACCGGCUAUCCGAGCGCUGGAAAAAGCUUUACAACUCGAUCCCAAUAACCUUGACGCACUAAUGGGAUUGGCAGUCUCGUACACCAAUGAAGGAUAUGACAGCACUGCCUACAGAACCCUUGAGCGAUGGAUUAGCGUCAAAUAUCCUGCGAUUCACCCUCCACAAAAUCUUUCGGACGCAUCUGAAAUUGGCUUUACCGACCGUGCCAUUCUGCAUGAACGUGUGGCCGAUCUCUUUAUUAAAGCAGCACAAUUAUCACCUUCUGGAGAACAUAUGGACCCCGACGUACAGGUCGGCUUGGGUGUUUUAUUUUACGGCAAUGAAGAAUUUGAGAAAGCGGUGGAUUGCUUCAAGGCUGCUCUCGCCUCAACUGAGGAAGGAUUGGUCAAUAGAGAGUCUCAGUUGCACCUUUUGUGGAACCGACUAGGAGCUACCUUGGCCAACUCUGGUCGAUCAGAAGACGCCAUCGACGCUUACUGCAAAGCUCUUGAAGUCAACCCCAACUUUGUGCGCGCUCGAUACAACCUGGGAGUGUCUUGUAUCAAUAUCGGAUGCUACCCUGAAGCGGCAGGCCAUCUUAUGGGAGCCCUGUAUUUACAUCGUGUCGUCGGCGAACAGGGUAUGGACAAGGCUCGAGAGAUUGUGAGUGAUGGAUCGGGAAAUGGAGCUGGCAUUGGGGAUGCUGAACUGGAGCGAAUGAUUCAGCAAAAUGAGAGCUCCAAUUUGUACGACACACUUCGACGAGCCUUCACCGGCAUGGGCCGACGAGACCUGACCGAAAGAGUUGGCACCGGGAUGAAUUUGGACCAAUUCAGAGGCGAGUUUGACUUCUAA